UUUUGGAAUAUGACGAUUGCGCUAAUCUGGUGCACAUAGGAUUUUUUCCAGGCUCUAAGUCCUCAUGAAGUUUAAGUCGAGGAUCGUGCUGGAGGACGCGCGAAUACACACACGUCAACAGCACCAACCCUCAUCGUCAUCGCUGCAUCAUCGAUUUAUCGUAUAUAUAUAAAGCCCCAUUGACCUACUUUCUUUUAUUUUCUUAACCACAACAGACAAUCAAUAAUGUCUUAUGAUCAAGGAAACCAAGGUCAACGUCGAGACUUCAACGACGACUCAAACUAUGACGCCCCUAUCGAUAAUCAGCGCACUGUCCCUGGGGGAGACUCUGACUCUGCCCUUUCAGGGUCAUACGGAGGCAGUGGGACUGGCCAAGCUGGUGGAUAUGAAAGCCGCACCGGUCGACAGGGUCAGCAGGGCUCCGGUCAAGGCGACGAAUACUGCGACACAGACCCUGGAAUGGCUGGUAAUCGCAGCGGCCAGGGCAUUCAGGAUGUGAAUGUCCCUAGAGCUGGUCAACCUGGUGGCGGAUACGACAGUGCCUAUGGCCAGAGCAUCGGCGGUGAUGGCCGUAGCCGUGGGUAUGAACGCGACACUGAUGAAUAUGAUGAUUCUGGCAUUGGCAGUGGUCAAGCUGCCGGUGCUGGUACCGGUCGUGGUCCAACGAGCAAGUUGUCUUCCAUGGGCUCCAAAUUUACGGGCGAAGCGGAAAAGAUGGCUGGCAAACUUUCGAAUGACCCCUCACUCCAGGCCAAGGGCGAACAGCGCAAGACCGGCUUUUGAGUCACUCCAGAUGGCAUUGUACCUGUAUUUGUAUCACAAGUGUGCUGGAUGAGUUCGAGGAAAGUCAUCGUAUCACACACCUCAUGAGUAACAAAAUGUCACAUGUUCUUUUCUGCGUUUUCUUCAGCGCAUUCUUGUCCUCAAGCUGAGAUGUUAUUCAGCGUCCGCAGAAACACGGGCAUCUCUGAUUGGCUUGUCAAAAGACAUUCUAC